GGAGGAGGGCGGCCCGGCCCCGGCCCCGCGCCCCCGCUGCCCGCCCGCCUCCCCCCUCACCGCCCGCCGGCCCGGGGACGGGGAGCGGGGACGGGGAGCGCGGCGGCCCGCUGCCGAGCGCGGCGGGGGGCGGCGGCCGGAGGAUGCAGGCGGGGCGGGCGGCGGCGGGCUGCCGUUCCCGGGUCGGGCAGCUAGAGAGCAGUGCAGGGAGCGAAAUCCCGGCCGAGGAGCCCCUGCGCGGCGGCGGCCGGGCGCUGGGAGCUCCCUUCCUGUCGGGGGCGGCUCUGGGCCGGAGGCCGUGAGAGGAGCCGAGCAGCGGCGGAGGCCCCGGGCCGGCUCCCCGCUGCUCCCCGUCUCCCAUGGCGGAGACUAAAAUCAUCUACCACAUAGACGAGGAGGAGACCCCCUACCUGGUGAAGCUGCCCGUCCCGCCGGAAAAAGUCACUCUGGCCGAUUUCAAAAAUGUCCUCAGCAACCGGCCCGUGCACAGCUACAAGUUCUUCUUCAAGUCCAUGGACCAGGAUUUCGGGGUGGUAAAGGAGGAGAUCUCAGAUGACAAUGCAAAGCUACCUUGCUUCAAUGGAAGAGUGGUGUCCUGGCUGGUCCUGGCUGAAAGCUCCCACUCUGACACAGGCUCCCAGUGCACCGAGAGCCACACUGACCUUCCACCACCCAUUGAGAGAACAGGUGGCAUUGGAGACUCCCGGCCUCCAUCAUUCCACCCAAAUGCUGCCAGCAGCCGCGAUGGCCUGGACAACGAAACAGGAACAGAGUCAGUUAUUAGCCACCGGCGAGACAGACAUCGACGGAGGAAUAGAGAAGGGCAUGAGGAUGUCCCUCGGAUCAAUGGCCAUCCGAAAAUGGACAGACACCGUGAGCACCCUCCUGGUUAUGACAGCUCUUCUACCAUGAUGAGUAGUGAGCUGGAAUCCAGCAGCUUCAUUGACUCUGAUGAUGAUGACAACACAAGCAGGUUGAGUAGCUCCACUGAGCAAAGUACUUCAUCCCGGCUCAUACGGAAGCAUAAACGCAGGAGGAGGAAACAAAGGAUGCGGCAGAUUGACAGGUCAUCUUCGUUCAGCAGCAUCACUGAUUCUACCAUGUCCCUAAAUAUCAUCACAGUCACACUCAACAUGGAAAAGUAUAACUUCCUGGGAAUCAGCAUUGUAGGACAGAGCAAUGACCGGGGUGAUGGUGGCAUAUACAUUGGCUCUAUUAUGAAAGGAGGGGCUGUGGCAGCAGAUGGCCGAAUUGAACCAGGAGACAUGCUUCUGCAGGUGAACGAUGUCAAUUUUGAGAACAUGAGCAAUGAUGAUGCAGUACGGGUUUUACGGGAAAUAGUCUCCAAACCAGGACCUAUCAGCCUAACAGUAGCCAAAUGCUGGGACCCUACUCCCAGGAGUUAUUUCACCAUCCCCAGGGCUGAACCAGUGAGGCCAAUUGACCCUGCAGCGUGGAUCUCUCAUACCACAGCCAUGACGGGAGCGUACCCCCGUUACGGUAUGAGCCCCUCCAUGAGCAUCACCACAUCUACCAGCUCCUCACUAACAAGCUCAAUUCCCGAUUCGGAAAAAUUAGAAGAAUCUCCCUUAACUGUGAAGAGUGACAUGGCUACUAUCGUCAAGGUUAUGCAGCUACCAGACUCAGGCCUUGAAAUCCGGGACAGGAUGUGGUUAAAAAUCACCAUCUCCAAUGCAGUGAUAGGAGCAGACGUGGUUGACUGGCUUUACACACACGUAGAAGGCUUCAAAGACCGACGGGAGGCUAGAAAAUAUGCCAGCAGCAUGUUAAAACACGGCUACCUCAGGCACACUGUGAACAAAAUCACCUUCUCGGAACAGUGCUAUUAUGUCUUUGGAGACCUCUGUGGCAAUCUGGCUGCACUGAACCUUAACAACGGUUCUAGCGGAGCCUCGGAUCAGGAUACCCUUGCUCCACUUCCACAUCCUGCUGCUCCCUGGCCUUUAGGCCAAGGAUACCCAUAUCAGUAUCCUCUGCCUCCUCCGUGUUUUCCACCAGCAUACCAAGACCCAGGCUUUAGCUAUGGCAGCGGCAGUGCAGGGAGCCAGCAAAGCGAAGGAAGCAAAAGCAGCGGCUCGAACCGAAGCAACAGCGAGACCAGCAGGAGGACUCUGGGCAGGGAGAAGGACCGCAAGUCGGCUGGCAGCGGCAGCGAGUCCGACCACACUGCCCGCAGCGGGGGCGGCGCCAGUGUCGUGCGUCGGGAGAGGCCUGUCAGCCAGCUCAGCCACCGGAGUCAGGUCUCUGCCACCCACAGCGAGAGAAGCCACCACAGCCAUCAUUCUUACGGGCCCCCAGGAGUCCCACCCCUCUACAAUCUCCCCAAGCUGGGCUCCAAAGUCUACGGGACGAGCGGACCCCCUGGCGGGCCCCCCGUGAGGGAACUGAGCUCUGUUCCUCCGGAGCUGACGGGGAGCCGGCAGUCCUUCCAGAAGGCUAUGGGCAACCCUUGCGAAUUCUUUGUCGACAUCAUGUGAGAGGAAGUGCCUUCAGACUCUGCUUGGGGAAGGGCCUGGGGGGGAUCGUUUUGGGGGUGGGUGGGCAAUUUGGUCAUUGUCGAACACUUAAUGGAAGAAACUUGGCUGUCUUGCAUGUCACACCUUCCUGGUUUGCAGUUGUGUUGCAGAAAAAUCAACAAAACAAAACAAAAAAAUACAACACCCCCCAAAAAAACGAACAAAAAAAAAAUAUCUCCUGGGAUUGUUAAAUAUCAGCAAAUUGAUGGCAUCUUUUCUUUAUCCCUCACCCCCUUCCCUCUUGUUUUUGAUUGUGAAUGGCUGGUGUAUAUUCACAUCUUACUGAGCUUUGGUAAUUGUGGCACCUACUUCAAUGCAAUUAGCGUAUCUUUUUGGCUGAUUCAAGGACUAUUAUUUCACAUGACUUCUAAAUUUCCAAUAAUGCAUAGUAGCACUUUUAUUUUUCCCUGCUUUUUCUCUUACAAGGAAAAAAAAUGACCGUUGGGUAGUAUCUGUGAUACUGCCUCGGAAUGCUGUUCCUUGGAUCCAUCAGUCAGCACUCCAAGCAGACGUGGCGCCCGCAAGCGUGCAGACAGCAGGUGCUUGGAAAGGAGCAGGCUCAAACCAGUUCCUAGCAGAAGGCAAAGUUGUGGCUACCUUCUUCUGCUGACGAGGGAGUACAGAUCAGUCUUUCGUUCGUUCGUUCUUUUUUUUUUUUUUUUUAAGAUAUUCUAUCAAGGGAGUGGUGGAGUCUUGCUACUGUAUGUGUUCAUUGUGCAGAACUUGUAAAGUUAUUUCAGUUAGUAUCAUGGUAGUGACUUUGUAGCUGCGCUCCGUUCCUGGGCAUUUCGGUCACAUCCCUGAGGACAGAUGUGUCUGUUUCUUCUGGUUAUAAUGCUCACUUGCCUGCAGGUUUUUAAAAGUUGUUUCCACAGAAAUAGGACAAUUGCUGCUAUGCAAUUCUGUUAGUGUAGCCGCAGCUUUUCCCUUUUGACGGGGAUAUUUACCCUGUUCUAGCAGAGACAUAGAUAAAUCCUGGCUCCCGCUGGGACGUGGCUACUCAUUUCGAUCGCCUCUUUUUCCGUUCUUAAUUUCUGAGCAGUAUCUCUCUUUUUUUGAAAUAGAAACCUGGAGAUGUGUAAUCCCAGUUGCAGUGUUACCCACGGCAACAUGUUCUGAACGCAGAUGGGGGCUAGCUGCUAGCAGAGAGGUGAGAGGGUGUUUUGAGGACAGUUUGUAAAUGGUACAAUGAAUGAAUCCUUAUACCCGACACAGAGCGAGACCCAUGCUAAAGCUCCUGCUGGGGAGCUUUGACUUAAGCAGCUGCUGUUGUAUAUCCCCAAGAUCUCAUUACUGUGUAUUUUUCGCUCUAAGGCUAUGGACGCUUGGUAAAGUAUGUUCAGGAACCUUCACUGACGUUUAAGAAGCUUUUUUAAAGUGUCUGAACGAGGGCAUGGUAAAAGCACACCCACACUCUGUUACGGUGGCUCAUCUAGUGGGAAAUAUGUGUUAAGCUGCAGUCACUUAGUGGCGUUUGACCGUGGGGCCAUGCCUCAGUUAAAUCCUCUUUUGUGAGAUACCUGCUUCUGGCAGGUUUUAGGACAGGUGCUUUAAGAUCAGUCUUUAAUGUAUAUAAGCAUUUUCUUCACUGGUAAGAAGCUUCUUUUUGUUAUGUUCCAUGCUUUAUGGGUAGUGUGAAUAUCCAAUAUGAAUGUCAAAAGAGAACAUGUCUUUCUCACUAUAUACAUGUAGUUUCAUGUUCCUUUGUCAUCCUGAAAAAUUACUCUUCAAACUGUCCAUUUUGUAUGUGGUACAUUCUGGUAGAUUUUUCAGUACUACUUUUCUUAUUACAGGUCUGUGUGUAAACACAUCCCUUUUACAAAAGCCAGAGUAAUGUUUGCAAAUGUCUGUGUUAACUGGAGACUGAAGUCUCACUUUCAAAAGGGAGCUAGGCUUUUAGGAAACUGCGUGUCACUAGACUAGGUACUCCAAUAACUGGGCUUCUAAACUAGCUGAGUGGUUUUGGGCAGUUUUCUUUACAAAAAUCUCCCGAAAGGCUACAUAACGUUUCUGAAAGCGGUGCUUUCGGCGUAAUCCAUCUGAUGGGCUAGCGUAGAUUGCAAAGUUGGUGACGGCUUGUUCAGAACGGCACUACCUGAAGCUUGACUGUGCAACAGUAUCCUUUCUUUUCCUUUCCUCCUCCCGGUAACACGGCAAAGAUGCUAACUAAACUCAGUAAACUAUUUUGAAAGAUUGACGUUUAAAGCGAUGAAAUAAAUCAGGGUAAAAUAAUUCUGUAAUUCUGCUAUGUCUCCAGGAGACACUGUUAAGGAGUCUGUGACUUUAUUGACAAUCACUAGUGGUUCUACUUUUAAAUUAAUUUUAGCUUUUCUGGUCUCUUACAUAUUAUGAUUUUUCUGGCCCACUUUGUCUUAAGGCAGAACUUACGGGGCUGGAGGAAAAGACUCAUUUUAGUAAGAUAUUUCCAAAAGGGAUUAAAGCUGGGGGCUGAGCUUUCAUCCAUGGAAGAAACGUGUUUUAUUUCCUUGUGUCUUUUCAAGAGUUGCAGUUUGACACCUGCUGGGUUUUUUGGUUUUUUUUUUUUGGUCUUGUUGUUAUGCUGUUGGCAGAAACUGUUCUGUGUCUUGCUGGUCUUUGCUGCUGUGUUGAAACGACUGUGUUGUAUACUUGCGUGUUUGUGGGGUAACUCUGGAAUGAGGCUGACAGUCCGUAACAUAGGCGUGGGAAAGCGUUCCUCUGCUGAGGAGGUCAGGCUGCUCUAGAUCAGAAAUCCAGCCUGAACUAGCUUCACCCACAAACAGGCACCCAGGUCAGGCAAAUAAUGAGUGCUCCGAAUGUACUGACAGAUGUGCUACUUGGUUAAUACUGUAUAGCACGUGGAACCUGCGAGUUACAAAGAGCAGUAGGAGAAUGUAAAUGACCCUUCUGUGAACAGUGCAAUACGUAAUGGCCGCUGUGUGUAAAACAGAAGCUUGAUUUCCCCGCCUUGCAGUGCACAGUGGAGAGGCUGGCUUGAGUGAAUGGUCGGUUAGGCCUGAAACGUUGCUAGCUCUUAAUUUUCAGAAGUGAAUGAAGACAGGAGGUUCCCCAGAUCUCAUCCUUGGCUUUCAAUGCAUGUGCAUGUGUCUUUGGAACAAGGGGGCCUUGGGGCCCAACUGUGCAAGUUUCUCCUGUUGGGUACAGUACUACCUGCAGAAAGAAGUGCCACUGACGCCACUGAAGCUACUUACACCAGGAAGUACUGUGCCAGGUGGAAGAACGUUUGAAGGCUGGAGUCCUGCAGAACUGUUUGUUUCUCUCACCAGGGCCUGAAAUUUCUCUCUGAUUUCAAUGUCAAGUAACUGGCACCGGCUGGGCUCUGGAAUGCAUGACCUAUGCCUCUAACUACAGUGAGAAGUGAUGGGUUUGCCAUGUAGGGCAUUGAAACAACCUCAUAACAGGAGCCUUAAAUAGUUGAUGUUUUUAUUCUGGAAGUGAGACCCUCAACAUCUGCCCGUGCUCUGCAGCUGAGCUUAAUGUUCAUGCAUACCUGCCAGCAGCUUUUAACGAGGACUAAGAGUUAUGUUUGGAAGAUCAUAGAAAAUGAUGAGAAAACAGUUUGGGAUGAUGUCUCCCAUCCAAAGGAGGUAGUAUCUGUAGGGGUACUGUACCCAUCCAGUAUAUUAACUCUGAGGAGUAAGUUUUUUGGCAAAUAGUCUUAAAAGCACUGCUAUUGUCAUUUUACCUCCUGUUAAUAAAUCUACUUUUCAAAGGUAACAGUCCCCUGGACACUUUAUCCAAAGGUAUAUUGGAUGGCAAGCAAUGAUGCACAGACGUUGACUUUUGAUAUUAUUUUUGUUCUAUUCAAAUGGGCAGUCCCAUCUUGAGACUUGACAGCUCAUGAGUUGAUGUAAUUGUUUUUGUUUUGCAUUUAACUGGAUUGUAAUAAGAUUGACUUAAAAUUAUUAAUUCUAAUCAGUGAUUAGAAAUACAUGUAAAGAAUUUUAUGUACAGUAGAGGAACAAAGUUACAUGAUUUUAAAUAAUGAGAACCCAGACUAUCACCUAUUCUAGAAUUGGUUCUGCUUGAAGAGUGACCUCUUACUAGCAUGGACUGCACUGUUCCUGUUAAAUGUCUAUUGCAUAAUUGAAUUCUUUUUUGUAGAUAUUGUAUUAAAACCCAAGUGUCUGUAUAGUUAAUAUAUAGCUGCUUAUGUGUAAAUGCUAUUUUAAACACUAAAAAGCUUUUAAUUUUAUGUGAUAA